AUUCGCUGUCUGUGCAGAGAUGGCCCUUCUCUCUCAAGGGCAUUUGCCAUCACGGGAAUGCGUCAGAGCAGGACGAAGGGCAGAAUUGACGGCUGACGACAGAUUUACGUCGUGUACAGCUGAGAGGCAGGAAUCGGCGUAGGGUGUCGGAGCCGAUGAGGAGUGGCAUCUAUUUCUCCCUGUAGGGACAUUGGCUUGAGUUCAAGGCAUUCAAUGCGCGAUCUUCAGGGGCAUUAAUCGACUCGGACGAUGUACGCAGUAUCAUAAUUAAUCCUCUAAAAUGUACUUAUUCAUGAGGGAGGCACUGCGGCGUAGAACUGGCCACUAAUGGUUAGCCGUACAUUCCAGAAACACGAACUUCUCUUCCAGACAAUCCCAACGGUUCUAGCUGACGAGUUCGGGGGAGAUGAUUACAACAAGGACGGUAACGGCUACGGAACGGCGGCUGAAGUGCAACUGUUUGAGUAAGAGUAGGCACCAAGACACCAAGAAAUAUGACUCCAGUUAUGAACAUCACUAGUCGCAGCCUUUGAGUCGAAGGAGGUGUUGCUGCGAUCCCGAAGCGCUGGUGACAAAACGUAAAUUUCUUGGUUUCUCUCAUGGUACAACGCACUGCUGUCAUCAAGUGCGUGUGUGUGUUUUCGUGUGUGACGCGUGAUUUAGCUAUUUAAUGAAUAUAAUGGAGUCAACGUUACAAUUUCUGGUCCAAUAUACCUCUAUAGAGUGUCGGUCUCUCGUGUCCUACUCUUCCAUAGAUCUGCUGCAAGAUGCUCACCAGGGUCUUCCCCUCAACUCGAGUCGCCCGCACGUUUCCCGGCUCUGUUCCGGCCGGGUGUCGAGGCCCGCACCAUGGCAGCCGUUUUCUGAAGUACGGGACAAUGCUGUCCUGCGACAGUCUUGAAUUGCUACACACUUUUUACACUACGUGUCGGCACGUUCACCUUCCAAACCAUGGCCACUGUGGGAGAAACUUUUACGUGUUUCAAGGAGCGUAAGCGACCGUGGGAGCAGCUCGUCAACCCGUCGAAAAAAUUGCUUUUCGCGAAAAAAUCGUGCCUGCUCGUGAAGCUGCCUAUUUCGAUGUACCUGCGGUUCAACUGCGCAUGCACGCCCACGCGAUGUCUUCAUACGACGAGCGCACCUUGGUUAGCCAAGGAAAGCCAACGUUCUCUUCAAGAAAUAUUAAAUGGUUGAACCUGCCUUUUAGAGGCAGGCACCUUCAAGGAGAGCGAAAAACAGCAAGAGGCAUGGCACCGUUUCGACAUUUCCAUCAACUACUGCCGCAGCACUUCGCUCUUCGCACUCUGUGUCCAACCAUUUAUAAGUACGCUAAGGCCACGAGCUGGCCUAGUUCUCGUGCCCAGCUGGUGCGCGACCGCCAACUAGUCGACCUUUCACUCCGUUCUUUCUACGCAUCUCUACGCCCUAGCCGUCUUCGGAACCAAACUACUGUAAAGGUUCAAACCCCUGUUUGCGACGCCAUUAUUUACGACUCUUCAUCCCCUCGACGCAUUCGCAGUGUUGGUGCACAUUUUGUCGGCAAGAAAGACGCUUCUCCGGUGCAGCAUGGUGCUCAUCCUGAGCAGCUUCCCCGAGGUGGCUCUUCUCCGGCGGCCUCUUCUGCCGGGGUUUUGAACAACUCAGUGCCACGAGGCGGCGCUGCGAUACCCUUGCAGGGAGCGGACACCAAUGUGGCAGCUGCCAGCGAUGAGCCUCGAGCCGUGCCUGCCAGUGUGUCACUUUUGAGCGACGGUGGAGAACUGGCUGCGAAGCAUGUCGGGACUGAGGCUGCGGUCUCUCAACAGGAGAGGACUGCAGAGACGAGGCUCGAAACGACAGGACCGGAACCGCCGUCACCGAGUGAGUUGCCCGAGCAGCAACGAGGUGGAUGGGUAGAGGUGGCAGUAAAGAUGGCGGCUCUUCUUCAGUUCGACGCAGGCGCUUCAGCCGCUCCCAGCGAUGGACGGAAAACUGUGCUGCAGAAACUGCGAGACAUGUCGCCUGGGAGGGAAAGAUCAGAAAAAGCAGAGGCAACCACCAUAAACGACGAAACCAAGAAACAGAAGUGGAUUUUUUUCUUACACGGUGGAGCAUUCGUCUUCAACAGCCCAGAAUCGUAUCGGCUUUUCACAAACGAUCUCUCGGUCCUGACAGGUGCAAAAGUUUUCUGCCCUGAUUAUAGCUUGGCGCCGGAUCGCCUGUGGCCGGUGCAGCUGGAACAAUGCGUCGCAGCGUAUGAGUACUUGUGCUACGAGAUGAACGUUCCAGGCGAGGAUAUAAUCCUUGUAGGCGACAGCGCAGGCGGAAAUCUCGCGGUGACUCUGAUGGCAAGUAUCGUGAAGCGGGGAGAGCAGAGUGACCGGACAAAUGUUGCAGAAAAUCCCAAGCCUCUUCCGCGACCUGCAGGCAUGGUGUUGCUUUCACCGUGGCUCGACCUCACCAUGGAGGGGCCCUCGUACAUCCUCAACGCCACCAGGGAGCCCGUCCUGCCUCUUACGAGCAUCCGGCAAUCUACCGGCGUGUACGUCUACGGCCGGUUUGACUUGGGAACGCUCUCCAACGCAGAAAUAGAGGAACGCUUAGAUGUGACCAGUGAAAAGCUCUGCCGUGAAUCUCCCACUGGACCUCGACCAAACGACGGUGACUUGCCGAGCUGCUACUCGUCGGUGUCGCCGCCCGAGGUCCCAGAUGGCUCUCGGUGCUUUUCCAAUCCCUGGAUUUCCCCGGUUUACUUCGACAAGGAUAUGCUUAAAAAUAUGCCACCAACAUGCAUUCACGUUGGUUCUGUUGAGGUUCUCCUCAGUGACAGUCUCAUCUUCGGCCGGCAAGUAAACGACGCCGUCCGGGGCGCGUCACUCUUUUCGGAAAAGGCGUGGAGUGCGGCUGACGAGCGUCUCUAUGCAACGAGAGCUGCUACCACUGCAGAACGAGAGAUGUCGUUCCUGGCCUCCCUUCCAACAGUCGGCACUUCAAAGGGGGUGACAGAGAAGCGAGAAAUCGACGACGAAUUGACACGAGCGGGGACCGAUACGAACAGAAGUUCCUUUUUGGGUCUGAAGGACGUCUGUAUGUCGUCAGCUUCCACAGAAAUAAAGGCAGUGCGAUCCCACUCGGACAAGAACCCAUCUAGAGUUCCCAGUUACUUCACCACCUAUGGCUGGCUCAGCGAAGCAGAUGCUCAGAAGUUAAACGCCGACGGAGUUGUAUUCCCCUUCGGCUGUGAAGAAGCCACUGCCCCUCGAGUCCAGGUCAAGGUGUGGAAAGACGAAUUCCAUGUGUUUCCUUGCUGCAGCUUCUUGGAGGGUCCGAACGGCGAGAAGUGCCUGCAGGACAUCGCCAAGUGGAUUGAAGACGUGUACGCCAACGCCACGAAGUGAGGGAGUCCCAGGUAUAGUUUUUGCAUUAUCGACCAUGAACCAGUCUCGUGAUUCCUCGCUUCCAAAGUCACUUUUAAUUGGCUUCGCUUUCUCGGUUCCGCAAGCUCCCGUGCGGUACGUCAAGCGGAGGUAACAAUGCAGGCAGAGACGUUCGAAAUAUCGCAGCAGAGGGGUUUUGAAUCAUCGUGAUUGUUGGUAAGAAACCAGGGUCAAAACCGGAUGCCAAGUACGGCAAAUGCGCGUUUCGUCCUUUAUUCGUAUAGGAAAAAACCAGUUUUCUCCUUUUUUAGUGUCAAGAGUCGUUUCGGAGUUAGACACGAUACCUUUCUCCAGAAGUGCGACUGCUACGGCAGCGAACAAUGCUAAGCAGAAUCAGG